AUGGAUGGAAGGUUGUUACAGGCUGCAUGGAAUGGAGAUGUCGAUCACCUGCUUAAAGAGAUCAAAUCUAAUCCAUCUAUUCUUCAUACUGGAGCGUUGGAGGGUGGUGAAAAUCCAUUACACGUUGCUUGUUUGGCUGGACAUUUAGAAUUUGCAGCAACAGUGGUAAAGCUCAGGCAAAAUUUCAUAAGUGAGCUUAACCAAGACGGUUUUAGCCCUUUGCACAUAGCUGCUGGAUAUGGGCAUGUAAACAUUGUAAAGGAGUUUCUCAAAGUUGAUGUUGAUUUAUGUUUGAUAGAAGGAAAAGACAGAAAAGUCCCUCUUCAUUUGGCUGUGGCUAAAGGUAAAGUUGAAGUUAUUAGAGAGUUGAUUCUGUCAAGUUUGGUAUCUAUCGACUGCAAGACAGCUCAAGGUGAGACUUCCUUUCAUCUGGCAGUGAAGAACUACCAAUUCAAAGCUUUACAAGUGUUAGUACAUCAUCUAAAGCAAGUUAACAAAGAAGAUCUCCUGAAUACCAAGGAUAUUCAUGGUAAUACAAUCUUGCACCUUGCCGUCUCCAGAAAGCAGUAUGAGGUGGUUGACUUUCUGCUAAAUGGGCAAGCUAUUAGCAAGGAAUAUCUGGAGAUGAAUUCCUUAAACAAUAGUGGUUUAACUCCUCUUGAUAUGCUACAAACUUCUAGAAGUGAAGCCGGUGGUCGUGAAAUUGAGGAGCUUCUCAUCCAAGCCGGAGCUCUAAGGACUGAAAAUCUACCAAAUCCUGAAUAUACACUAGAACAAACACCAAAUCAACCAAAUACAACACGAGAAGAUAACCCUCCAUCUCCAGCUAUACGAUUUUUAAACUACUUCAAAUAUUAUAAUAUACAAGAUUCUCCAAGAAAAGUAAGAAAUACCCUUCUCGUGAUACUUGUACUUAUCACAUCUGCAACGUAUCAGCCUGCACUUAGUCCACCUGGAGGCACUUGGCAAGAUGAUUAUGAUCCACCUGCAGGAAAUUACACAUUAUCAUCUCCCAAGAAUGGUACAACUGCCCUUAUAAAACAUACUGCGGGAGAAGCUAUAAUGGGUACUUAUAACCCGGUAGCCUACACUGUGUUUCUGUUAGCGAAUUCCUUGGGGUUCUUCUUGUCAAUUCACAUGAUCAGUGAACUCACUGCAGGUUUACCUAUGCGGUUGGAAUUUAAUCUUUUAUUAUCUUCCCUAGCUUUAACUUAUGCUACUAGCAUGAUUGCGAUUGCUCCAAAUUCCUUCAUAUUAUUUGCUUCUACGGCCAUCUCGUUCGUUCUGCCGUUCAUAAUAUCAUUUACGACCACAUUGUAUGGAACUUAUAUGGACAGGCGUAGAUGUGUGUCACCUAACACAGGGCAUGAUAGUGUCUGA